AUGGAAGAGAAGAUCUUUAUGGCUAGAGUAGCUGAGCAAGCAGAAAGAUUUGACGACAUGGUUGAAUUCCUCAAGCCCAUUCUUAGAGAGAAGGGAGGUGACUUCUCCGUCGAAGAGAGAAAUCUUCUUUCAGUAGGCUUCAAGAAUUUGAUAGGAGGCAAGAGAACCGCCAUCAGAACAAUCUCCGCUAUUGAAUAGAACCCCAAGUACUAGAAAUUCGGAGCUGCUCUUGGCGAGUACAAGAAAAAGAUCGAAGGUGAACUCCAACAAGAUUGCCAAAAUAUCAUCAACAUGAUUAAGAAUGACGCUAUGAAGACCCAACAAGAGGCUGAAGGCAGAGCUUUCUUCCUUAAGAUGGUAGGUGACUACUUCAGAUAUAUGGCCGAGAGCGCCACUGGAGAUAAACUCGCUCAAGCAAGAGACGGUGCCCUCUAACACUACAAAGAGGCUGAGGCUGCUGGUAGAGAACUCCAAGCUUGCAACCCAAUCAAGCUCGGACUUGCACUAAACUUCUCUGUAUUCUACUAUGAGGUUAUGUAGGACAACAAGCAAGCUUGCACUCUGGCAGAAACCGCUCUUCAAGAGGCCAUGAACAAGAUCGAUGAUGUUGAUGAAGAGACCUUCAGAGAUGCCAAGAGUAUUAUCGAACUCCUCAAAGAAAACCUGACCCUCUGGAAGGAAGAAGAGGGCGGUGACAACCAAAUCGAAGACUUAUGA